AUGGCGGAGAACCAAGUCCCCCUCACGGCCGUCAAGGUCGAGGCGCUGGUGGUCAUGAAGAUCAUCAAGCACUGCACGCAGACCUUCCCGACGACUGCGACCGGUUCGAUCGUCGGUAUGGACGUUGACGGCACCCUGGAGAUCACCAACUCGUUUCCCUUCCCCGUGGUCGAAAUGCCGGCCGACUCGCACUUUGACGGCGCGGCGCCAAACCCGGCCGCGGCGGCCCCGCGUGCAAAGGCGAACGUUGCCUACCAGGCGGAGAUGGUCCGGAUGCUGCGGGAGGUCAACGUCGAUGCGAACAACGUUGGCUGGUACACGAGCGCCAACAUGGGCAGUUUCGUCAACAUGAACGUGAUCGAGAACCAGUUCUUCUACCAGAAGGAGAUGAACGAGCAGACCGUUGCCCUCGUGCACGAUGUCUCCCGCAGCGCCCAGGGCAGCCUGAGCCUGCGAGCCUUCCGUCUUUCCCCCAAGUUCAUGGCCGCUUUCCGGGAGAACAAAUUCACAACCGAGGAGCUGCAAAAAUCCAACCUUAAGUACCAGGAUAUCUUCGUUGAGCUCCCCGUGGAGAUUCACAACUCCCACCUGAUCACGAACUUUAUCCACCAACUCCAGACUCCCACCCAAUCCGCCCCGACGGAUCUCCCUUCAUCUCUGGCUGCGCUUGAGGCCGGAUCCCUGGCUAAAUCCACAGUUCUGUCGCCCAACUUCGACAACCUAACGCUGAGCAUCGAUCCGUUCCUGGAGAAGAACUGCGACCUCCUUCUCGACAGCAUCGAGACCCACCAGACAGAGACCAACAACUUCCAGUACUACCAGCGCUCUCUCGCCCGCGAGCAGGGCAAGAUCACCGCCUGGCAGACGAAGCGCAAGGCCGAGAACGCCAGCCGGGCUGCUCUCAAGCAGCCCCUCCUGCCCGAGGACGAGUGGCAGCGUCUGUUCAAGCUGCCCCAAGAGCCCAGCCGACUGGAGAGCAUGCUUAACAGCCGCCAGGUUGAGCAGUACGCGCACCAGGUUGACAGCUUUGUCUCUUCUACCACCGGCAAGAUGUUUGCUGUCAAGGGCAACCUGCUGCCGGGCGAGACCGCUAAAUAGAAAAAACCACCUCCACGGGAGGGGGGUUCUUUCAUGCUAUGAUGUUUCUGGGGCUUUUGGGAUUGAUUGUUGCAUGACCUUUACGGCGUAGGAAGGGAAAAGCUGUAUCUCUUGCUGUUAAUACAUAAGUCCUGCCUUAUUCAUGACGAAUAGAGUGAUUGACAGUUUAUUAUCUUUCUGUUCUUUUUUUUGCAGAGUAGAGAGAAGUCUAGGGCUUUUUUGGCUGCACGUGAACCCGAUGACCUCAUCAUGUGUUGCAUCGCAGCAGGUUUCCGAAUUGAUA